AUGGACGACCUACAGAAGACCAGUUUCGAUGUCAUCGGCCUCUCCGAAACGCACUGCUCAGAGGAGAGCCAUCACACCUGGAGGGAAUGCGGCAAGCUGUUCGGCGCCGAAAUACUGCUAGGCCGCCGAGACGACGCCGGAAACAAGGGUGGCGUCGGCUUCAUCGUGCACCCUCGCUUGAAGGUCCAAUCGGUCACAUUCGUCUCAAGCCGCGUAGCAACUCUGAAGGUCAACGUACCUGGGCAGAGAAGACCGCUUAAAAUCGUGCAAGUCUACGCACCGCACUCCGGCUACGACGACGAGGCAGUCGAGCAGUUCUACGAAGAACUAACCGAGCAGCUAACAGACCGCGCGUGCCGAACGCUAGUCAUCGGGGACUUCAACGCUCGAAUAGGACGCAGGCAGAACGGCGAAAAGCACAUCGGCGUCAACACUGCCGACGAACGGAAUGUACGCGGAGAAAGAAUGGCCGCUUUCGCAGAAUCGCACCGCCUCCACGUCAUGAACACAUACUUCGAGAAGCCGAAGAACAAGCGAUGGACGUGGCACUCGCCUAGCUUCGACCAGUUCAACGAACUAGACUACGUCCUCUGCGACGACCGCCGAAGCGUCAUCAACAUCGAAGUCCUCAGCCGGUUUGGAUGCGACAGUGACCACCGACCAGUCCGAGCCACGCUCCACCUGGACAAGAAGCGCAUGAAGAAAUCGCUAGCACUCUCAUCCCAAAAGCGCGUGAACAUCUUCGACGAGACAACACUCAAGCAAGCCGUCAGAGCGGCGGACUGGACCACCAGCGGCCGAACCAACGAGCGCUACGAGCAGCUCUCCGCCACACUGACCUCCUGCCUCAAAGCCGCGGUGGUGCCGAAAAAGAAGGAAUUCCGAUCGCGCCUCAGUGACGAGACGAGGAAGAAGCUCAGCACGCUGACCGCCACUAAACCACUGCCGGGGAACGCGGAAGAAUACCGAGCGCUAGCCAGAGAAGUGCGUGCUCGCGUCAAAGAAGACCACGCCGCGUACCGCAACCGACGCCUGGUCGAGACGGCCGAAGCCCGAAAAAGUCUGAAGAAAUGCGCCCGAGAGCUAGCGCAAGUUCGGCUACUCACCGCCGCAAUGAAGGACGAAAACGGUGUACGCCGGACCGACAGACGCGAAAUCGAGAGAAUCUGCGGCGACUUCUACACGAAACUAUUCGACUCAAAAGUGCACGUCGCAAGAGAGCCGAAGGUACCAGACGACGACGCAGACCCGCUCCCGCAGUUCACGUGGCAGGAAGUCGAGGCAGCAGUCGGCAGCAUGAAAAAUGGCAAAGCCCCGGGCCCGGACGGCAUCACGAUCGAGACGCUGAAAGCGGGCGGCCCUUAUCUAUGGAAGGCACUCGCCAAAUUCUUCUCACACUGCCUGAAAACUGGCUCAACUCCAGCGCAGUGGAAGGAGUCAAAGACGGUACUGAUCUUCAAGAAAGGAGACCCGGAGGACAUCGCCAACUACCGGCCGAUCUGCCUCCUAUCGACGGUCUACAAAGUCUUCACGAAGACAGUGCUAAAUCGCCUGUCGCACACGCUUGACGCUGCACAACCGCCAGAACAGGCCGGCUUCAGGAGUGGCUACUGCACGCUAGAUCACCUGCAGACCAUGAAUCAGCUCCAGGAGAAGUCACGCGAAUUCGGACGACACCUAUACGUGGUCUUUGUUGAUUACGAGAAGGCAUUCGACAGCGUCGAGAUGAAUGCAGUGUGGAAUGCUCUCGACGAACAAGGCGUAGACCCGCGAUAUAUACGUCUUCUGGAGGAAGCGAACGACGGCUGCACUACCGACAUCACGCUCUUCGACGACCCGGUUCGCAUCCCCAUACGCCGCGGAGUAAGACAAGGCGACACGAUCUCACCAAAGCUGUUCACCGCUGCACUUGAAUCCGCUUUCCGGGAGCUCAACUGGGAAGCCGACGGACGAGCGGGCGUGUCAAUCGACGGCAAGCGAAUCACUCACCUACGGUUCGCGGAUGACAUAGCGCUCAUCGGCACCGCGUUCACAGACGUACAGCGCCGUCUCACGCAGCUAAACGAUCGCAGCAAGUCAC